GGCCGUCAUCCCCUCAAUUCAUUCUGUGGCUCCACCACAAUUGACUCUGCUCAAGCUAUGAUCUCACAGUUAUCCCGACGAGAGAGAGCCUACAGUGACAAAGCUCAAGCGAUGCCCACUACAGCUCAACGGCCCGCCCUGGGAAGUCGAACAACUUCGUCCCCGGCGCCGCGGAGACCAGGAUCGGAGAACAGAGUUGGACAGCCAUUGAUGGAGGAAGAUGAGGGGUCAUCAACGGCGGGCGAGGCGACCCAGGUCUCGCGAUCUCGUCAACGAGAGGAGGAAUCCCGCAAGACCGGCUUCCCUGAAGUGACCAUCGCAGUCGCAGGCGAAGAAAACGCCGGCAAGACCAGCUUCGUCAAAUGCGCCCUGGACAUGAAGCACCCGCCUACCUCGAUCAUAAACCAGAAGAAGAUGUCCUUGGACGGAUCAGUCUAUAAAGUGCGGCUGCUGGAAGUCGACUUGACGAAGAUUCAAUUUGGUCCGGACAAUAAGAUUCUCUGGCCGAGUACAGGACACGAGACCACUGCUCCAGCCAUUGAUGGGGUACUGGUUCUACAUGAUGCUACAAAACCGGAUCGGCUGUCUUUGACCACGAACUUGAUUUACUCAUUGGCUGCUUCGGAUUUGCCGUUCUUGCAGGUUGCCUGCAAAUGCGAUGUUAACCCUGAGCCUGUAGAAGACAUCCAAGUGGAUGCGAUCCACGAGCGAUACGAGAUCUACCGCACGUCUUUUUCCUCACCCAGAUCUCAGCGCAUGUGUAUUGCGUUAGUUUUGCGUGCAGUCAUUUCCACUCGAGAAGACUUGGCUUCGGAGUUGACUAAUUCAACUCCUACACCUCCCAUAACUACCAAAUCCUUCCCCCACGUUUGGCACACCCGUGCUAAAUCGGAAAACCCCUCAGCCGUGUUUAACGGAGCCGCUGGCGGCCCACCAACGGCCGAUGGUGAGCAUCGUCUCUCAGACGCCAACAACUUGGCGCAAGAUACCUCCAGUUCCAACCGUUAUGCCCGCAGUAAUUCGCAACCGGUGCGACCGCAAACUCCGCCAUCCGCAACGCGUUUAAAUCCCCGAUCGUCGGCUCAAGAAUCAUCACCGAACCGCGAUAACCGUCAAGAACGAUUACAUACCGCCUGGCGACACAGUGGCGGAUCGGACGUUUUCAACAGUUUCUUAAAUAUGGAGGACGAGAUCGAAGAUGGACAGAGUCGACCCCCGAGCCCUGGCGCAGUGGUGCGGCCCAAACCCAGCAGCGAGAGCAGUUCUAGCGCAGAUCCGGGUGUGACAUUUGAUGAGCUUGUCGAUCGCCUGGUUUCUUUGCCCACCUCAAAACAAGACCAAAAAUUCCGCUCUAUCUUCCUAUGUCUGUACCGGAAGUUCGCCGCCCCUGGAAGUCUCCUGAAUGCUUUGAUCGGUCGAUUCGAGCGAAAUGAAAUGGGCAACGAGGAUCAACUUGCUCGCAUGGCAGAUCAGCUGCGAUUGCUCGAUGCCAUGGCUCAAUGGGCCUCGGAGUAUCCGGGAGAUUUCGCUCAUCCCAAGCUUCGCAAACGAAUCAUUGAGUUCGUCGCCACACUUGAGAAAAGCCAUUUCUAUAUGUUCGCCGCCAAGGAGAUUGGGUCACAAUUAGACACGAACGCAGAAGACGAUGAUGCUGGCUGGGCAUACGGAGAUGACAGCGAUCCUGAUGAGUCCCAUCUGGUCGAGACGUUCUUCGACAACUCAGGCCGCAGUUCUCCCGUACAGAUUCUGACCGGUGCUGGCCCUGGCACGAACACUUACGACAACGAAGAAGAGCAAGACCCUAUCUAUAGUUUGAGCGCGCUGGAUCUCAGUGGCCCGCAUGAUUCGACAUCGCGACUCUCGGGCACUCUUUCGGUCUCUUCGAAUACCGACAAGGCUAAUGGCAUUGCAAACCAAUCAUUCACACCGUUGAGUCUUGAGGCAGCGCAGAAAGAGGCAUUACGUCUUGAAUUAACACACAAAACCUCCCUUAGCAAACUCCAGUGGCGCAUUUUUAUGGAGACCCCAGAUGAGGAGUUCGCACGAGAAUUGACGCGGGUGGAUUGGAUCAUGUAUAACUCCUUCCGGCCGCGUGAUCUUGUGCGCCAUGUCAGCAUUUCGGGGAUAGACAAGGAUACGAUCAAGAGCUUGGUGCCCGUGAAUCGGAUGAUCAAGCAGUUCAACCAUCUGGCCUUCUUUGUAGCCAGCUUGAUCCUUUUGCGUGACAAACCAAAGCAUCGAGCGCAGGCGAUGGAGAAGUUCAUGAAUAUCGCAGGGAAACUCCGACGCCAAAACAACUACAACUCCUUGGGCGCUGUAAUCGCCGGCAUCAACGGCACACCCGUCCAUCGCCUGACUCAAACUCGAGAUCUGGUCCCUGUCCUGGUUCAGAAAGAGUUUAUGCGUCUAGUCAUCCUUAUGGGCACCCAACGAAGCCACUUCGCCUACCGACUCGCCUGGGAAAACUCCUUCUCAGAGCGAAUUCCAUUCCUACCUCUCCACCGCCGCGACCUUGUCUCAGCCGAAGAAGGCAACAAGACAUUUGUCGGCGAGAACAGAUCUCGCGUCAACUGGAAGAAAUUCGAGGUCAUGGGUGAGGUCGUUCUCGGCAUCCAACGGAGCCAGAGAACCCCUCAUCCUCAGGCUCAGAAGUUCGAGGAGGUUGAGCGACUGAUUCUGGAUUCGAAGCUCUCUGGAGACGAAGAGGACCUGUAUGCCCGCAGCUUGCAGGUCGAACCGUCCACAGGGGCUGAGGGACGUAAAAAGUUCGGCUGGUUGCGUUCCUAA